CGUUGAGAAUCACAAGCUAAUCCUACAUUCCUCAUAUUGCGCCCCUUCUUUCGGCUCCUUUCUUGUUAUCGCACGUCCUGUUGAAGACCUCAAGCUUCUACGGCAUUUGACUUUUCUUUUUCUAGAUUAACGCGCCACUCCUUGUUCCCUUCCAUGAACACCCCUCCUUCGGCCUCAUCACAAAUAUUGUUACACAGCAACCAUCUCUACCAUGUCGGAAGCCUCUAAAACAGCCGCCGAGAAGCUUGCAGAGUCUACCCAAGCCGCGCGUACUAGUGCUACCGCCCAGCAGAGUGACAAUGUCGCCCAUGCCCUGGCUGGUGCCGGUGGAGGCCUGCUCUCGAUGGCCCUGACCUACCCUCUUAUCACUCUCUCAACACGCGCGCAAGUCGAAUCAAAACGCGCCCAAUCGUCAACCCUCGAUGCUGCCAGGCGCAUCGUCAAAAGAGAGGGUCUAGUCGGCUUAUACGCCGGCCUCGAGUCAGCGUUGUUCGGCAUCAGCGUUACCAACUUCGUAUACUAUUACUGGUACGAAUGGACCAGGGCCUUUUUUGAAAAGGCUGCUAUAAAGGCCGGACGCGCCUCGAGGAAGCUCACCACGGUCGAAUCCAUUUUCGCGGGAGCCAUCGCUGGCAGCUUAACUGUCCUGUUCACAAAUCCCAUCUGGGUUGUGAACACGCGCAUGACGGCGCGAAAAUCCCAAUCCAACGAACAGGUUCUACCUGGCGCAAAGCCUGCGAAAGCCCCCUCGACAAUUGGGACUCUCCUAUCAAUCAUCAGGGAUGAGGGGCCAACGCGACUUUUCGCGGGUGUCAUGCCUGCGUUGGUGCUGGUCAUCAACCCAAUCCUACAAUACACUGUGUUUGAGCAACUUAAGAAUACAUUAGAGAAGAGGAGGAGGGUCACGCCGACUGAUGCGUUCUACCUGGGCGCUUUAGGGAAGCUGAUGGCGACAAGCAUCACUUAUCCGUACAUCACAGUCAAGAGCAGGAUGCACGUCGCAGGGAGAGAUGGACCGAAGGAGGACAUGAUGUCAACCUUCCGGAGAAUCAUCAAGGAAGAGGGCUGGGCGGGCCUGUACGGAGGUAUUGGCCCCAAGGUGACGCAGAGUGUCAUCACUGCAGCCUUUCUCUUUGCAUUCAAGGAUGCUCUGUACGGAAUGACAGUCACCGCUAGAAGAAAGAUAGCCCUGAAGAAGGCGUAGCAGCCUCCUAAUAGUCUAUUCUCAGCAGAACCCCGAUCCAGCCUAAGAUCUAGGGACUGUCGAGACACUGAAAUGGCAUUGAUACGACGGUGUACGAUUGGAAAAGGUUAGCAUAAGGAUGGGUAGGUUGCAUUCUGGGACAUAUAGACCCCUUAGCACUAUUUGAGUUUGUAUAUACACCAACGGAUUUGACACAUGCGUUUGGAAAGAUCUUGUUCUCGCUUGCUCUCGCCGUCCUUCAAGCGCUGUCUUUUAUCACACUUCAACGUCAAUAAGAGUCUUCCACCUUGAUAACGAGUAAACGAAUGUUGAGUCAAUGCCUCUCAACUGAAAACCCUCAAUCGAAUUCACAACAAGUCAAUUCUUAAGACCAUCCCGUCAACCGACAUUGGAGGAAUUCAUUCCCUGCACUGCCGACAUGAUCAUCAGCGGGGUU